GACGAUGGAGAAGAGGUCCCUGUUAAGAUCAGGAGUACCCGACCCCAUGAAGCUGAAUAGGAUCUAGGAUUGCAUGACUUGUCUCAUAUGCAGCAGAGUGUCAGUACCAGUGCCACACUACCUUCUGAUGAACUGGUGAGCACCAGCGGCCUAGUAUAUCCUGGUCUUUUUUAUACCAGCACUGCAGUAUCAAUUGGUGAUGUGGCGAGUCCCAUAAGUGCAGUACAAGCUGGUGCGGUGGCGAGCACAAGUAGUGUCCCGCAACUACCAAGAAUUCGCACACAGGCCCGUAGAGCCCCUAGUGCCUUCUGGACAUGCUUGUAAAUCUUAAUUGGCAGCCCACAGAUUCUGCAGCACUCGUACUUCCCCCAUUCACUGCCUAACCCGGA